CUGUUCUAACAAACACUACCACAACACCAUCACUAACAAAAUCAGUACCACAAUCACUCCCGCGCCAAAUAUGAUCCCCAGUGCUAACACUACCACAACUAUUGAACUACUACUAUUACUCUACACUACCACUACUACCACCACCACCUUAACCACCAAAACCACAACGAGGACAGAAUAUAUCAUACAUUCCAUUCUUGCAAACAUGUUCAGAGCAACGCUUCAGUUUAGUCAAAGUUUUAUCUCUUCCUCUUCCUUCACUCCCUAUACACGAUCAUGAAUUUUAUGCAUUUCACUGAUUAGCGAAUCGAUAAACUCAUUCCAUCCUUCUGCUCCCGACUGUCUCUGCCACAUUCGACGAGUUUCUUCCAUUAGUGAUCGCCAGGUGAACAAAAGGCGAGUGGACUGACCGGUACAUAAAUCCGAACAGACUAAAUUCCUUCCUUGCGCUUGGAAGACUUGCCUGUCUCCAUGCUCUGUCAUUUGGGUUAUGCCUGAGUUACGCUCUGUGGCCCUGCUAUUGACAGCGUUCCAUUAAUCUGUUUAAACGUGUUGUAAAAUGAAAUAGCGUAUUUUUGCCUCCUUUCCUAUACCUAACAAGUGGCGCGCCAGAAAAGAAACACUUGUCAGCAACUUAUGCAAGAAUCUGUCUGCAUCUAACUGAACAAUAUCCCCGUCAUCUCCUCCGCCGCCGCCACCACCACCAUCAUCACCACUACUAACAGCGCUCCCAUAACAGUUACACAAGUCACUUCUCAAGAUGGAUCCAGGCAAGAUCUUCCAAAUCAUCACUAACAGCACUCUCUUAGCCACUCGCCUGCUCCCAGCAAACCACACGCCGCUUGUGGAGUUCUCUUCGUCUCGUUACUGCGCCGCUGUGCCUGAAGAUAGACCACCUGGGGGCACCGUUACCUCCGUUAUCGCCAUCCAUAGACACGGAGGGGAGGUGAAGUACAGCAUCACGGGCGGCAACAAGGACGGCCUCUUUACUAUUGACCAGCGCUCGGGCACCAUCACGCUCGCCGCCACCUUGGACUACGAGAUCAACGAUGAGCACGAGUUGGUAGUGACAGCUGAGGGUGGCAUGGACGCUGCUCAUACAUACGUGUUCAUAAGAGUGGAUGAUGUGAAUGAUAACCCGCCCGUGUUCCUGCAGCCUGAGCCUCGCAUCACCCUGGUGGAGGAGGAUGACAGAGAUCUUCCAGCGCCUGUGGCUAAGGUGACGGCAGUGGACGCGGACCUCAAGGACGGCGGGCGUCUGGUGUACCGCGUGACAGGGCCUGGCACGCAGGAGGAGACGGGGGAAGGGGAGGCUUUCUUCGCUAUCCACGCCCGCACUGGAGACCUCAUCCAGCUCAGGGCACUAGACAGAGACCCACCCCACGGAAGGGGCUUGUGGCGGCUGCGGGUGGAAGUGCGGGACGGCCAGUGGUGGGAGGAUGAGGAGGACAUCGGCCCAAGUUUGAUAGAUCUUUCCUCCCCCACUCAUCAUCACCGGCAAGCGUCCUGGGGCCACCGGGAGCCUGCACGAGACCCUCACUCUAGAGUUCCAUCGCGGCACGUUAGCGGCGGGAAGAGGAUCGUCACUCCGUUGACCGAAACCUACAGAAAUAGGAGAGAUGAGCUCCACAUGUCAGUCAAAGAGCCUGCAGCCCCUAGGAUAAAAGAGGCUGGGUCACUGGUCAUGGAUAAAUCGGUCCCAUGGUCUGUUGCUGGAGCCAUGCGUCCUCCACGGCCUGGAAGUCGAGUCUCUGAUAAAGCCUGGAAGCAGGAGUCACAUUCAUCAGCCAUGGGACUCACGUAUGACAGCGAAGGGGAGAUACUGAGUCCCACCACACGAGAUAAAGACAUGAACUCUAAGCACGACCUUUCUUCCGCCACGGCAGGAUGGAGGGACCGUCGUGGGACGUUACCUCAUGACUCGCAGAUGAGACACGUACUAGUGGCGCCCAGGAAGCCACGUCAUGCACCGUACUCCGUGUCCCGCGAGGCCGGUCACGUCGCCUUGAGGCCCCGCCAGGAAACACGAGGAGACGCCUUGUAUGGAAAAUGGUGGAGACAGAAACGAGAUAACGAAAACGAAAUAGAUGUCACAACGUUGGGAGAAAAUAUUAGCAGACCACUGAAGAAAGAAUACUCUGAUUUACUUUCCAACCACCACGAGCGUUCAGAUACUCUCGCAGACCACUCGGCACAGGCAGGGAAUGACGGAGGCGACGUAAAAUACACCGCUGCGUUAAGAAAGAAUAUCAGCAACACACCCCUAUACGUACCGUCAGACGCCCUCACAGAUCCGAGGGGAGAAAGGGAAGGGACGAAACAUUCUCUCCUCACCUUAACCAGACACACACAGGAAGCAACAACACCCAACCUUAAGACCACAAACCCUACAAAGCCACAACCACAGAAUAGAGGAACCCAGUCAGCCUCCCUGGGUAGAAACGAACUGAAGACAGAGAUAAGGAGACGGCAGAAGCCCCGUAAAGAAAAAGAAAACGUAAAAUUCAUCCAUAACAAGAAACCCUUCACGUCUUCCAGCGCCAGACCGUUUUUUGUGUCCUCUUCAGAUUACAUCAAGGGCGUCAGACUCCAGAGGGACGCUUCAGAAAUGGAUUUUACCUUCGGGACACUGGAGGAGGAUAUCGAGGAGGAGGAAGAAGAAGAAGAAGAGGAGGAGGAGAAUGUGUGCGAGGAGAUGAUGUUUGAAAGUGGUGGUGGUGACUCAGGGUGGAGGAUACACGUGGUGGAGACGGUGGUGACGGUGGUGGUUAAGGAUAUCAAUGACAACGCUCCGGUCUUCCCUGACACCACUAUGCUGGGACAUGUACAAGAGAACGGCGCCGCAGGCUCGGCGGUGGUGGUGGUGUCGGCGUGGGACGCAGAUGACGCCACGGACGGCAGCAACGCGCGGCUUACCUACGCCAUCGAGAAGAACGUGGUGGACGAGGCAUCAGGCGCCGCCAUCUUCAGCGUGGAGCCUGACACGGGCCUGGUGCGGACGGCACGCUGCUGUCUCGACCGCGAGGCCACGCCCGAGUACCGCCUGCAGGUGGUGGCCGCCGACGGAGGAGGACUCAAGGGCACAGGCACGGUGGUAGUGCGCGUGAUGGACGAGAAUGACAACCCGCCUCGUCUCGCCCGCCGUCACUGGGAGCUGGACGUGGACGAGACUCAUCCCGGUGCCCCGCCGCCAAACACCACCCUGCUGGAGCUAACCGCUGCAGACAAGGACGCACGCAAUGUCUUCCUGUACAGAGUGGUGCCGGGGAGCGGUCCUGGGUGGGAGAACUUCGGAAUGCGCUCUGUGGGGUCCUCGGGUCAGCUGUACGCACUCAAGAGCCUCGACUAUGAGGAGGAGAGUCACCGGCGAGGGUUCCGCUUCAUGGUGCAAGUCACAGACCAGGGUUCCAACGGGUGGGAGGAUCUCGCUCAUCUCGACUCUGCCUGGGUCACCAUUCAUCUCAGGGAUGUGAAUGACAACCCUCCUAUGUUCUCCCGCCCGCACGCCCAUGUCACGGUGCGGGAAGACACUAGUCCAGGCACCCUGCUGGCAGCGAUGUCAGCCCGUGACCCGGACAUGGGUGGGCUGGAAGGUGUGGAUUACAGGCUGGAGGGAGGCUGGGGGGCCCUCGCGGUGGAUGCUGACGGCGGCAUCACUCUGAAGAGACAACUAGACCGUGAGGCUCCGGGGGGCGACGCAGGGGAGGCGCUGCUUGUGGCCGUGGACCGUGGUCGCCCUCCGCUGUCCGCCACUGCCACACUCACCAUCACCGUCACCGAUGUCAACGACUGCCCGCCGCUCCUUCUGCCGCCUACCACUCUGCACGUGACGGAGGGCGGCCCACCCACCCGCCUGGGCGUCCUCAGGGUGACAGACCCCGACGUGUGGGCGCUGGGCCACGGGCCACCCUUCACGCUGUCCCUGGCGCCCUCAAACCCCGCCCAUGUCUUCUCCCUCGUCAAGCUGAAGUUUGACCCACGCCUGGACAGCGGACGCGGCGGAGCGGAGCUGUGGACGGCGGGCGCUGUGGAUCGGGAGCAGCACCGUCAGCUGAGUGUGGCGGUGCAGGUGUCUGACGCUCAGGGCCUGUCCGCCACCCACCGCCUCACCGUGUUGGUGGACGACCUCAACGACAACCCCAUGAAGCCCGCAACCAAGGCCGUCUACCUGUGGAAGACCCAGAGUGGCGGGUCUGAGGCGCCGCUGGGGCGAGUUUUCGUAGAUGAUCCUGACGACUGGGACCUCGCAGACAAAGAGUUCCAGUGGGCGGGUGAUCCCCACCCACUAUUCACACUGCACCCACGCGACGGCACCAUCUUCGCCUCCAGCCAAGUCCGGGAGGGCAGGUAUGAGCUGCAGUUCUCCGUCAGUGACAGGGCAUGGCGGCAGCGAGGCGUGAUGGCCAACGUGACAGUAUCGGUGCGUCUCCUGACCCCUGAGGCCCUCGCCCAUGCCGCGCCCCUCGCCCUCGCACCCACCACGCCCGCUGACCUCACGCGUGGUUGGUCCCCAGCGAAGGGCGGGGGAGGACUCGGCUCUCUUCUGAGGGCGGUGUUGAAGGUUCUCGAUGAGCCGGGCAGUGACGUGGAGGUAGUGAGUGUGUACGGCGGUUGUGGCUACCCUGAUGGCUCCCCUGCCGCGUCUCCCACCGCCACACCUCCUGCCUCUCCUUCUAUUACGCCUCCUGCCAUACUUCACGUCACGCCCUCCACCUGCGUGUGGGUGAGCGUGAAGGACGCAGAGGGAAGCUUCAUGAGCCCUGUGAAACUUCAGGGUUUCCUUGCUCUCCACGCUAACCAGCUGGAGGCAGCCACUAACCUCACAGUGGUGGUGGACGACUUCUCCCCCGCCACGACCAAGCAGCCCCACCGCCACGAGCCCCACACUGGCCACCAUGACGACCUCAGCCUCCACUCCGCAGCCUCCCUCGCCUCCACCAGACUCCCGCUACAAGUGGUUGACACAAACGCCACGGCUCUGGUCACGCCGCGCCUCACCCGCGUACACUCCUGCCAUUCCUAUUCCCACACCCGCGACCAGGAGGACUGCACACCCACCUCCUGUCUCAAUGGCGGCCGCUGCAUCAGAUCCCAAGAGGGCUAUAAUAGGUGCGUGUGUCCAGGGGAGGCGUCGCCGCCCCAGUGCAAGGUGCUGAGUCGCACAUUCUGGGGUUCUGGGUGGGCAUGGCUGCCCCCGCUGCCGCCCUGCCUCCCUGUCACUUUGUCGCUGCGCUUCCUCACUCGCCAUGCCAACGCCCUUCUACUCUACACUGGCCCCUUGGCACCCACGCCCCGCCACGCCAAGCCCGCACCCAUGUUGGCCCUACAACUGAAGAACGGGCGACUUCAGCUACUGCUGGAGGGCGAAGGCGGCUCCCUCAGGCUGCAGGUGAACAGCCUCCUGCAUGACGGCCAGUGGCACACCUUGCACUUGUCCCUGGAUGCUAAGGAAGUGGUGGUGAUGGUGGACCUGUGUGGGCAAGGCUGGAAGGAUGGAGCUCAGGAUGACACCCACUGCCUGGCUCGAGCAAGCUGGCCCACGCCUAGGGACGGCGGCGCUUGGCUGGGCUCCGUACCUAUGCAAAUAGGCGGCCUGGCUCAUCCACCGCCCCGUCCCGAGGACCACGGCUGGCGGGAGGCGCCGGUCCACCACCACUUAACGGGCUGCCUCGCCCACCUCAUUAUCAACACGCAGGCGGUGGACUUGGGUGAGCCGGUGUACAGCCACGCCAGCACAGGCGGCUGCCGCCCGCAGAGCUUAGCCUGUUCCAGCCAUCACGGUGGGUGUGGACUCCGGGGGCGUUGUGUGGGUGGCCUCAGGCACCCGAGAUGUGAAUGUGACACUGGGUGGACGGGGCCUGGGUGCGCGACGCCCACCGUGCCUGCGCACUUAGGGGCUGCAUCCUACAUGAAGGUGGCACUGUCCUUCACGCCAGGGGAGCGUGCGGUGCGGAUGCAGGUUCGGGUGAGGCUGCGAGGGUCUCGAAGUGGUUUGCUGCUGCAGCUGGCCGCUCACCACCGCGCCGCCUCGCUCACCCUCCACUUGCAGGCGAGCGUGGCGUGCGUGUCUGUGUCGGGGGCGGGGUGGGCUGCCCGGAGUGCCUGCGUGGAGCGCCAUCCCUUGGGGGAUGGCGCCUGGCAUACCGUGGUGGCGGAGCGGCACGGCCACAAUCUGCUAGUGAGCGUGGAUGACGGAGACGGCUGGCGGCGCAACGAGACCCUGGCGUCCCUGACAACCCCUGCUCUGUUGAGGUCGCCGCCACCCCUCGUGGUAGACAAGCACGACGGCGUGACGGUGGGCGGCCUGCCGGAGUUCGUGGGCGUGGAUCUCGUGACGGUGCAUGACGACCUGAGAGACACCUGUCUGGAUGACCUGAGAGUGUCGGGUCAUCCUCUGCCGCUGUCUCCCGCCAUCAACGGCACCAGCUGGGGCCAGGUGACCACCUUGGAGCAGCUGACCCAGGGUUGCCACCCGGCGACAGACCCUUGUGUCAACACCACUUGCAAGCCGCCGUUGUCCUGCCAUGCUGCUUGGGAUCAACCCGCCUGCAGCUGUGGUCCGGGCCAGCGGCUGGAGGGCGGAGCUUGCGAGGACGUGGACGAGUGUCUGUGGCGGCCAUGCUUUCAUGGGGGCUCUUGCCUCAACCAACGACCUGGCUUCCUUUGCGUGUGUGGGCCAGACUACUUGGGCGACCAUUGCCAGUGGGCUAAGUUAGUCCCGGAGGGUUACCCUCUGGCAGCCCCCGCAGCUAUUGCCGCCAUCACAGUCUCUGUUUUCGUUCUGGCGGUGCUGGGCGUGGUGGUGGCGCGGGCUGCUCUGGGACGCCGCCGCAUACGAAUAGUUCGAGGUAUGCAGUCAGGAGUGGAGAAAGAUUCUGUGGCUGGUGGCGCAGGGAGGACAGAGGCUGAGGAGGGCACCGAUGACACAAUGCUGGAGCUGCUAAGGCUGAAAGUGUCGGGGGAUUCCCCUGAACACCGAGGUGGAGCCUCAGUGGUGGCGAGCAUCGAGGGGGGCGUCAGGGGUGGUGGCAGUAGUGGUGGGGGCGUCAUCCACGUGGUGACGACAAUGGCUCAGCAGAUCUCACCGCCAAGCCCAGCGGUGCUCCCGUCACAGGGCAGCGUCAACGCAUACACCUGUGAAGGAAACAAGUCUUCCACGCUGCCAGACUGACCUCAUGACUGCCUCUCUCUCCCCGCCCCGUCCCAAGCACUUCCCGUCCGUUACACAGAGGAGGGAUGCGGCCAGGCCUCCCUCUCGCCCCCCUACAUCUCUGAGCUCUAGCUGCCCCGUCGAGGCAGAGAACACUUGAUUCGUAUUAAUUUGUCAGGUGUUCGGGAUGGUGUGCAGCGCAGAGAGGCGACCAACACAGCAGGAGGUCGUCAUCCUUGGGAAGCAACAAACCACCAUUGCAAGACAUUGAGAAUGUGGCCUCUUAUAUCAAGCA